AUUUUGAAUUAAGUAACCCGGAAAUGGUUUACCAUGUACUCUCGAAAUCUUACUUCGAGAACGUAUCUGACCAAAGCUGAACUCCGAGGAUGCUAACAGCAGAAGAAUUUUAUGAAACAAACAGCGUUGUGGACAACAUUUGCAGGCUCAAUCCAGACCUGCUGGUUGAACCAUGUCAGCACAUCCUGAGUUAUCUGCGAGGACAUUCAAAAGGAGUUGAUUCAGGCGAAAUUUAUGAUAUGUUUCAGAGAGCUGGAGUCACACUUGACCACGAAUCUCUAGAGAACGUCGUCAGAUUCCUCUUAUUAACGUUCAGGUCUGCUGGAAAGAGCAAAGUGUCUGCAGAUGAACUUGUGUCAAGGCUUGAAAAAGGCAGCAACAAGUGGUCCAAAGAGUCACUCCAGGUUCUUCACAGUUUGUGGAAUGAAAACGGAGAGUCGGUGCAAGUCCAUCAGGCUACCCGGGACUUGCUCAGCGUUGGUCGGAUAGUGGACAUGCAGUGGAAGCUGAGCAUGGCAGUUAGCUCUGAUACCUGCCGUUCUCUCAACUCACCCUUUGUGACCAUUCUACUGAAGAUUGCCGAGCCGUCUGGGAAGAUCAACCAGAAGGCUUUGGAGAUGACUGUCCCGCAAUUUCAGAACUUUCACAAGCAGAUGAAGGAGAUGGCGGCUGUCAUGGAGACCGUAUAAGACAUAUUGACCCAAAAUUUCACAUGAUUGGAUGGAUGUUUUGUACUAUUGGGAGUUGAGUAAUUCACUAUAUUGUCACCACAUGGUGACGCAACGUCUCAGAAUUUUCAUAAAAUGACAGCACAAAUGA